UUCUUUUCACCAGGCAUCUUCUCCAGUGGAACCCGCCAGCAAAUCCAGCAACACCAUGUGGGUGACCAAACUUCUGCCAGCCCUGCUGCUGCAGCAUGCCCUCCUCCAUCUCCUCCUGCUCCCCAUCGCCAUCCCCUAUGCAGAAGGACAGAAGAAACGAAGAAACACACUUCAUGAAUUCAAAAAGUCAGCCAAGACUACUUUAGUUAAAGAAGAUCCAUUAUUGAAGAUAAAAACCAAGAAAUUGAAUACUCCAGACCUUUGUGCCAAUAGAUGUAUUAGGAAUAAAGGACUUCCAUUCACCUGCAAGGCUUUUGUUUUUGAUAAAACAAGAAAACGAUGCCUUUGGUUCCCUUUCAAUAGCAUGUCAAGUGGAGUGAAAAAAGUAUUUGGCCAUGAAUUCGACCUCUAUGAAAACAAAGAUUAUAUUAGAAAUUGCAUCAUUGGUAAAGGAGGCAGCUAUAAGGGUACAGUGUCUAUCACUAAGAGUGGCAUCAAGUGCCAGCCCUGGAAUUCCAUGAUACCACAUGAACACAGCUUUUUGCCUUCGAGCUAUCGGGGUAAAGAUCUACAGGAAAACUACUGUCGAAAUCCUCGAGGGGAAGAAGGGGGACCUUGGUGUUUCACAAGCAAUCCAGAGGUACGCUACGAAGUCUGUGACAUUCCUCAGUGUUCAGAAGUUGAAUGCAUGACCUGCAAUGGAGAAAGUUAUCGAGGUCCCAUGGAUCAUACAGAAUCAGGCAAGAUUUGUCAGCGUUGGGAUCAUCAGACUCCACACCGGCACAAAUUCUUACCAGAAAGAUAUCCUGACAAGGGCUUUGAUGAUAAUUAUUGCCGCAAUCCUGAUGGCAAGCCGAGGCCAUGGUGCUAUACUCUUGACCCUGACACCCCCUGGGAGUACUGUGCAAUUAAAAUGUGCGCUCACAGUACUGUGAAUGACACAAAUGUCCCAGUAGAAACGACUGAAUGUAUUCAAGGUCAAGGUGAAGGUUACCGGGGAACCAUCAAUACCAUCUGGAAUGGAAUCCCAUGUCAACGUUGGGAUUCACAGUAUCCUCACCAGCAUUCCGUAACUCCUGAAAAUUUCAAGUGCAAGGACUUAAGAGAAAAUUAUUGCCGAAAUCCAGACGGGGCUGAGUCACCCUGGUGUUUUACCACUGAUCCAAACAACCGAGUUGGCUACUGUUCCCAAAUUCCAAAAUGUGACGUGUCAAGUGGACAAGAUUGUUAUCGUGGGAAUGGCAAAAAUUAUAUGGGCAAUUUAUCCAAAACACGAUCUGGACUAACAUGUUCAAUGUGGAACAAGAACAUGGAAGACUUACACAGACACAUCUUCUGGGAACCAGAUGCUAGUAAGCUGAAUAAGAAUUAUUGCCGAAAUCCUGAUGAUGAUGCCCACGGUCCUUGGUGUUACACAGGGAAUCCUCUCAUUCCUUGGGAUUAUUGCCCUAUUUCUCGUUGUGAAGGUGAUACCACACCUACAAUAGUCAACUUAGACCAUCCUGUGAUAUCUUGUGCCAAGACAAAACAAUUGCGUGUUGUAAAUGGAAUUCCAACGCGAACAAAUGUAGGAUGGAUGGUUAGUUUGAAAUACAGAAAUAAACAUAUCUGUGGAGGAUCAUUGAUAAAGGAAAGUUGGAUUCUUACUGCAAGACAAUGUUUCCCUUCUCGAAAUAAAGACCUGAAAGAUUACGAAGCAUGGCUUGGAAUUCAUGAUGUCCAUGGAAGAGGAGAUGAAAAAAGAAAACAGGUUCUAAACGUUUCCCAGAUGGUAUAUGGGCCUGAAGGAUCAGAUCUGGUUUUACUGAAGCUUGCUAGGCCUGCAAUCCUGGAUGAUUUUGUUAGUACCAUUGAUUUACCUAAUUAUGGAUGCACAAUUCCUGAAAAAACUACUUGCAGUGUUUAUGGCUGGGGCUACACUGGAUUGAUCAACAGUGAUGGUUUACUACGAGUAGCACAUCUCUCUAUUAUGGGCAAUGAGAAAUGUAGCCAGUAUCAUCAAGGGAAGGUGACUCUGAAUGAAUCUGAAAUAUGUGCUGGGGCUGAAAAUAUUGUAUCAGGACCAUGUGAGGGCGAUUAUGGUGGCCCACUUGUUUGUGAACAACAUAAAAUGAGAAUGGUUCUUGGUGUCAUUGUUCCUGGUCGUGGAUGUGCUAUUCCAAAUCGUCCUGGUAUUUUUGUCAGAGUAGCGUAUUAUGCAAAAUGGAUACAUAAAAUUAUGUUAACAUAUAAGGUAUCACAGUCAUAGCUGAUGUCUGACUGAAGUUCCAUCAAUACAUGAAGAUAAUACAUCCUUUACAUGAAGAUUUCAGAGAGUAUGGAAUUAAAAUGUCACUUAAAAUUAUCCUAAGAAAACUACUUGAGUGUUAAGUUUGUUAAGAUGCUCAUUGAUAUUUAUGAGUUUUUUUCUGUUGUUCUGUUUGUCAGUGUUAUUUUGUAAAUAUUGAAGUGAUUUAAGGUACAUGCAAGUGUAGUAACAAAUCUCCUGAAGAUACUUGAAUGGAAUAAAAAAAUGCAAAGGUGUAAUUUGCUGGAUGAUAAAAGAUUUAAUAGAAAAGAUCAAUUAAUAUCCAUGCUGCUUUCCAAGGUUAGUUUCUUAAUAAUUAAUAAAACAUAAGUUAAACAUUAUUUUAAUCUCACAAAAAUUUAAGCUGUGUCCUUAAAUUGUUACUUUAUAUUGAAUUAUAUUACCUUUUAUAUAUUCCAUACAUUAUACUUUAUUCAUUCCUCCUCACUGUGUAUCCCAUAAGAAUGGUACACACUUUUUGCAAAAGCAACUUACCCAUAUACACUUGCCUGGUUACACAUGUGCAUGGACUAGAAUAAAAAUUGUGAGUAUCCAAUGUAACCACUGAGUAUUCUGAACAUGUGUACCUAUAGUCUUUUUUAAUGAAAGAAAAAAAGAAUUCUUUUUAGAAAAUACCAGUAGAAAUAUUUAAGCAAAGUGCCAUAUAAAGUGAAAUAAAAAAGACAUUUCAUUCUUCAUACAUAAUUAGUAGAUGAUCUUUUGGGGCUGGCAUUAAAGAUCUGUUCAGUUAUGAAUCAAAAAUUAUGUAACACUAAAUUUAGAUGCGUAAAUAGAUUUUUCAUCCUAGUAUUUUGUGUAAUUUCUAAUUAUUAAAAAAGGAGAAAAAUGUCGGUAUUAUUGAUUUUCUACUAACUUAGGAAAAAUAUUUUGCAAAAUAUUUCAAUUUGUUUUCUAAAUGUUGUUUAAAUUCCCAGAUAACUAUUUAAUUGAAGAAGUUUAAAACUAUUGUCUUUAAAAUAUGUUUAGGUAGACUUUUUUUUAAGAUUUUCUGGCUCGAGAUCUUUAAUUUUUUUAAACUUAAGGGAAAUUCUUCUAUAGCCCCAAUAACUUGCAAAUAAACUUUCAUCAGAUUAUGCAUUACAUAUUAGAGAAGAGAAAUCAAAAUUAAUUUCUCAACUUGAAUGAUGUUUAGCCUAAAAAAAUCUCUGAAAUAAAUGAAAAAAUACAAAAGGAAUGGAAAAGGAACUAGUUUAUCUAAACUCUGUGCUUAGUUAUUUUCUUAAAAAAAAUUGGAACCUGAUGAAAGAGAAAAUCUUUCCAAACAUCCUUGUUUACUUCAUUUUAUGUACAUCCUUUUAUCACGUGAUGUAGUAAUUCAGACGUUAUAUUCUGUAUGGUCAUAGACAUACCACCGUUUUUAUUAUUGAGUUUGUUGUGUUUAGCUAAAGAUCAUGUGUUUGUAAUAAGUUGGAUUAUAGGGUGGCCAGAGAGUUAGCACAAUUAAGGUACUUGUUUUGCAUAUCGCCAGUCCCAGUUCAAUCCUUAGUACUUCAUAUAAACACUGUCAAGAGUGAUCCUUGAGCACUAAAACCAAAAAUAAAUUUUAAAAGGCAAAGAACUGAUAGAAUAGGAUCUGAAGUUUUACAAUAUCUUCCUGUACUAAUGCUCUUAAAAAUAAGUAUUUGAAAAAUUUGAAUUCCACAUUCGCAGUUGUUCUACCUUUUUAAUAAUGAUUUAUAUUAAAAACAGAACUCAAUGAUGUAUUAAAAACACAAUAGAACACUUGUAGCUAAAGUAAAAUGAUUUUAAAAUUUACUCAAGAGCUCAGUACACAGAAUAUAACUCCAGAAAUGUCAUUCAAAUUGCACCAUAUAUUUUUAAAUUAAGAAGAUAUGUGGUGGUAUUAAGAAGCAUGAUUGCAAAAAUAUCCGACAAGCUGUCACUCCACACCAUCUUAUUAGCUUGUAUUUCUGUUUCUCAUAAUGCAGCAUUAAAAUAAAAAAAAUUUUUUCAAGGGCAUAUUGCACUAACAAUAUUUUUCAGUUUCUCCUUGGCAAACUUCCAUCAUUGUGUUGCUUAAUUAUCAUAUUAUUGACAUUUAUAAAACAUAGAAAGGUAAUAGUUUUGUGGAGUUCAUGCCCAAUUAAAUCAGCUAAUCAGUGGCUGAAUAAAUAGCAGUACUGCUACAUUAAAAAAAAAAGAAAGGAAUAGUUUUAAAUACUCACAUUUAAAAUAUUUUUUGUCUUUUCUUCGAAAUUUCAGUGGAGAGAUAGAUUAUCUCUAUACAAGAUGUAGCUAACUCUUGUCAUUUAAACUCAGUGUUUUCCAUUUUAUUAAAAGGAUUGCAAAAAUGAAACCAAUAAAACCAUUAAAUUUAGUGAAGAAAGCAGCUCUCUCACUGGGAGAUUCCUUUUGUUUUAUGAUCAGUCGAACCAGCAUUGAAAAUGAGGAAACAACUCAUGGUAUUUUAGCUGGUAGGACAGGGUAUAAACAUUUUUAUUUGGUUGAAAUUAACUAUUUUCUGGGCAUUCUUUUCUUAUGAAACUACAAAAAAAGAGAAAUAUUCAACUUAUUUAAAAAAACUGUUUUAUUUACAUCAUGGACAAAAUAAUCAUUUAAAUUAGAAGUUUCCAAAGCUAUUUUUGUUGUGGCUGUUUGAAUAAUAGUCAAUUUAAUAAUUGUGGAUAUUUUCUAUGUCUACAAACAGAAAUGUAAAAUUAAAAUAUUUGUCAUAAUGCCUCUGCUGUGCAGAAGGGAUGAUAAUCCUUUUUAUACAUCUUUAAUUUUAUUGUAAAAUAUGUAAUGUCUUUUACCUGUUUGCUGUAGGCAGGUCCUCAGUAAAAUGGUUUAUAUUGAGUCAGUCUCUAGUGUUAACAGGCUCUUGCUUGCUAUCUAAGUGUUUCAAAUUAUGGGAAAUGUGAGACACUGGAAGGCAAGAAAAAUAACAAUAAUGGCAUGUGAUAGUGAAAUUGUGUUUCACUUAUUCCUGUGAAUAUUUCUUGUUGGUACCAAUGGUACUGUACAAAGUGAAUAGCCACAACAUUCUCUUGGAAAAAAAGACACUGUUAAGAAAUGCAAAUUGCUGUCAGAUAUUUUCUUGUUUUUUUUCUAAAUGUUUUAAAAAUAUUACUUUGCAAUUUGGAGAAAAUAAGAUGCAAUAUCUUAAUUUUAAUAAACUCAUAUUAAAAGCUUUUAAUUUACUGAGGUUCAAAAGUAAUGAUUUUCAAUCAAUACAUCUCAUUUGUAAGCAGAUUUAUGAAAGAAAAUUAAUAAGACAGUCUACUUAUAAAUUACUUUCCACAAUAAAGUUCAAAAGAACUUAGUUAUCUUUCAUCUUCAACUAAGUUUCAAUGAAGAAUUAACUAAUUAAAAAAUAUUAAUACUCUACCCAAGAUAUCUUGACAGCAUAAUUUUAAGUAGAUCAUUCCAUUUGCACAGAGAGUUUCUAUCUUUAGAAAACUGAAAUGGAAUACUGUGGAUAUUCUGACUGUCUUAUGUGUAAAUAGGAAAUUGAUAAGCUGCCUAUUGUGAUGUAGCUGGAUGCUUACCCAAGAAGGUGACACUGUGGUUUUGACUUGUAUAUAAAGUUUCUGUAGUUAAUAAAGUUGUUAUUUUUAUAGCCAUGAUUAUAUUAUUAUUCUGAAUAAUAAUAAAAUAUUUUAUCAAAAUG